AUGCUUCAAUCCACUAUUCUCCUCGCGCUCGCGAGUACAUCCCUUGCUUCCUUUGCCGGGAACUUGAACUAUCGCAGCCCGUCUCACAAUCACCCUGCCCUCGGCAUCUCAAUUCCUAAGGUGUUGAAGUGCUCAGAUCCGCUGGUAGAGUAUUCAGUGGACAACUUGGAUUUCACGCACGGCAUCGCUUCCGGAGACCCUUAUCCCAACUCCGUCAUUCUCUGGACGCGAUGCGCGCCUUCGUCAGAAAAUGUUAAUGAGUGUGUUGCGUCUGAAGGUGGCGGCCAAUUGUACGACUCUGUUCCUAUCUAUGGUGAUAGCGAGAGCAAUGCGCGAGUGUCGAAGGCUCCCGUAUGCGUGGAGUACAACGUCUCCCCGGACAAGGGCUUCAACCAGAUUGCUGAUCGCGGCACCGUUUACACGAGCUCAGAUAUUGAUUUCACUGUCAAGGUAAGAGAGAAACUUCUCUCAAUGGCGCUGGUUGGAAACGCUGGGUGUGAUGCUGAACCAGAUUCAACGAACCAUCAGGUCGAGGCAUCCCAUUUGAAGCCAUUCACUACAUAUUACUACAAGUUCAACGUCUGCGGUUCGGAAAAGUCUAGCCCUAUCGGAAGAGCGAAAACGUCCCCGACGGAAUACGAUGAGGUUGCGGAUAUAUCACUCGCAGUAUAUUCUUGCAGCAACUUCGUCAACGGAUAUUUCAACGCAUACGGAAAUACAGCUCGUAAGGACUCUGUUGACUAUGUCGUCCAUUUAGGUGAUGGCUCGAGUAUUGGGCGCAAAAUUUACCCGCAAAAGACGAUAUACACUCUUUACGAAUAUCGGAAGCGCCACGCGACUCAUAAAACGGAUGAGGAUUUACUUUUGAGUCACCAGACUUUCACAUGGAUUCCUGUGUGGGAUGAUCAUGAGGUUGCGGAUAAUACGUACCGAGAUGGAUCCUCAUUACUCCGUAAUAUCGAAGGGUCCUUCAUUUUCGAUGGGGGAGUUUCUGUUGACCAGCGCAAGAUGAAUGCGGUCCGUGCCUACUUCGAAUGGAUGCCUAUCAGGCAAGUUGCGAUGGACGACAACCUCAGGAUCUGGCGAAACUUUAAAUUCGGCAACCUUUUCGACCUUAUCAUGCUUGAUACACGCCACUAUGAUCGAUCCAUUACGGAUCUAUAUCUGAAUAGCGGCUAUAUCAGGAAAAUUGCGGACGACAUCGGUCGAUCGAUGAUGGGACCUCGUCAGGAAUAUUGGUUUUAUGAGAGCUUGAAAUCCUCUGCUAAGAGGCAGGCCACCUGGAGAGUCAUUGGCAGCCAAACUGUUUUCUCCCGCGUGGAUGAGUUGGGAUCCAUAGGUCUUGGCGUGAACGUUGAUUCCUGGGAUGGUUAUAGGUCCAAUCUCAACCGUACCCUGAGGACUCUAUACGAGAACAACAUUGGGAACAACAUCGUCAUCGCAGGUGACAGCCAUGCCAAUUGGGUAUCUGACCUCACCUGGCUGGACGAGUAUCCAUACGACCCGGCAACGGGUGAGGGGGCCAUUGGUGCUGAAUUUGCCGGUACGGCAGUAACCAGUAGCGGGCCCACAUCCCAUGUUGGUAUCGGCAACUUGCAGGCGAAAACGUUGAUUAACAAGAAUAGAGAGCUGCAGUGGUCCGAGUUAUACUACCGGGGCUACUUCGAGCUAACCCUCUCGCACACACGCACUGAUGCCAAAUUCUUUGCGAUCCCCGAUAUCAAGAAGAGAAGCCCCCUUGAGAUCUCGAUGGCUAAUUUCACUGUCAUCGCCGGUGAGAAUCGGCUUACCCGGACCAAUGGGUCACCCUCGACGAAUGGACAGGGCGUGCAUAACGGGGCAUUGAAAAAUGGGAGGAUUCAGAAACAAACUGUCCAGUAUAAUACCGAGACUAAGGAGUGGUCUAGUAUUUAA